AUGACUGCAGGAGCUGGGCCCUCGCUGGAAGCUCAGUCCUUUGCCUUCUCCCAGAGCUUAACCAUUCCUGAGCCCUGGCUGCCCGAGCCCCGCGUGGCAGUGCCCCAAUCUGGCCUCAUUUUCCUGGUCUUCCACCCAACAGGCCUGAGGGCACCACGGGGGCAAGCCCAUAUAACUCCAGAAGAGAGGAUUGAUGCCAUUCACCGGAAGGAAAGCGUGAGGGCUAUGACAGAGACUUUAUACGCUGCUAUUUUUGGAUAUGAUGAGGGAAUCUUGUCGGACGAUGGGGUGCUGGCGGCCGCCCUGUGGAGGAACAUGUUCAACCGUCAGUGCGAGGACCCCAGGCAACUGGAGCUCAUGCUGGAUUAUGUCCACAAACAGAUGCAGUUCAUCGAUACUCUGGACGGGGAGGACCUGUUACUGACAGGGGAGGUAAAGUGGCGUCCCCUCCUGGAGGAGAAUGCACAGAGCAUCCUAAAGGUCCCCAGCUCCACCUACAAUGACGCUGGGCUCUGAGAUGCCCAUCCCUACCACCCUGCUCCGCCUUGUUAUCUACCUAUAUUCCUCUGUUUCUGAACACACUGUACUAUAGGCAGGAUAGCCAAUCAGGGACUCUCACACUUGAUCUACACACACACACACCCUCUUUCUC